UCCGAUAAGUGAAAAGUGUACGUACUAAUUCAGUUAGAGAGGUCUUCACCAAAACACUGAAAUAUUCUAACAAAAACCAAACUCACACUUCACACUCAUUUAUUUCAUUUCUCGCUCUUCAUUCGCUAGGGUUUCUCUCCCAAUCUCCAAUGGCAGAAGUUCUCACCCCCAUUCCCUCCGAUUCCCUCGACCAAUCCUCCCCAACCACCACCUCCCCUCCACCACCGCCUCCACAACCACAAUCACCUCCUCCCACCUCCGCCCCCGAUUCCGAUCUCCCUCUACCACCUCCACAAUCCUCCUUCCGCCGCAGAGACUACCGCCGCGAUGAUAGAGAUAGAGAUUUCGAUCGUCCUCCUCCUCGCCGCGAGUAUUAUGACCGUAACAACAUAUCGCCUCCGAGGGAUAGAGAUAGAGAUUUCAAACGCAGGCGUAGUCCCAGUCCUCCUCCAUAUCGUGACCGCCGUCAUUCACCACCAAUGCGAAGGUCGCCCCCGCAUUAUAAUAAUUAUAAACGCUCCAGGAGAGGUGGUAGUCCCCGUGGCGGUUAUGGACCCGAUGAUAGAUCUGAAUAUGAUAAUUACGGUGGUUAUGAAAGGGGUGGAAGAGGUGGUUAUGAUAGGGGUGGAAGAGGUGGCUAUGAUAGGGGUGGACGAGGUGGUAAUGAUAGGGGUGGAAGAGGUGGCUAUGAUAGGGGUGGAAGAGGUGGUUAUGGUGAUGACAGGUCUUAUGGUAGGUUUGGAAAUCGUUCUGGAGGAGGAUAUCAAAAUGGGGUCUCUGGUAUGUUAAUAGUUGCUAAUUACAUAGGUAUGGAAUCCAAUCGUGGUUAUGCAGACUUGCCAAGUGGCGGUGGGCAAAGAGAAGGGUUGAUGUCCUAUAAACAAUUCAUUCAGGAGCUGGAGGAUGAUAUACUACCAACUGAAGCAGAACGUAGGUAUCAAGAAUACAAAUCAGAGUAUAUUUCUACACAAAAAAGAGCUUAUUUCAGUGCUCAUAAGGAUGAGGAGUGGUUGAAAGAUAAAUAUCAUCCAACAAAUUUGCUUACAGUCAUUGAAAGGAGGAAUGAAAGUGCUCGACAGCUGGCAAAGGAUUUUUUGCUUGAUUUGCAAAGUGGAACAUUAGAUCCAAAUCCGGGUUUAAGUGCCUCUUUAUCCAGCAAAUCAGGGCAAGCUAGCGAGCCAAAUUCAGAGGAGGAAGCGGAAGACCAAAGAAGAAGAGAUGGGUGGGGUUCUAAUAAAAAAAGUGAUUUCUCAGCUGCUCCAAAGGCUCAUCCUGUCAGUUCUGAACCAAGACGAAUACAAGCAGAUGUUCAACAGGCUCAGGCCCUUGUUCGCAAGCUUGACACAGAAAAGAGGAUUGGAGAUAAUAUUUUAUGCAGCAGUGAUCACAACAAAACUGAUGACAAGUCUCACAAUGGAUCUGUGGGUCCCACAGUCAUUAUAAGAGGCCUGACAUCUGUUAAGGGUUUAGAAGGUGUUGAGCUUUUGGACACACUGAUUACAUAUCUGUGGCGGAUUCAUGGUGUAGAUUAUUAUGGCAUGAUUGAGACUAAUGAGGCUAAGGGUUUUAGGCAUGUUAGGCCAGAAAGAAAAGGGCAUGAAGAAACAGGUAAAUCAGGGUCUGAAUGGGAGAAGAAACUUGACUCAUUUUGGCAGGGAAGGUUGAAUGGUCAGGAUCCAUUGGAAGUACUGGCUGCUAAGGAGAAAAUGGAUGCUGCAGCAAUUGAAGUGUUGGAUCCAUAUGUUAGAAAAAUCAGGGAUGAAAAGUAUGGAUGGAAGUAUGGUUGUGGAGCUAAGGGCUGCACAAAGCUUUUUCAUGCUGCUGAAUUUGUGUACAAACAUCUGAAGCUAAAGCACCCUGAGCUUGCUCUUGAACAAACUUCGAAAUUGCGUGAGGAUCUCUAUACUCAAAAUUACAUGAAUGAUCCAGAUGCUCCUGGUGGAAAGCCUGUCAUGCAGCAACCUCAGAAGGACAACAGGCCUUUAAAUCAAAGGUUAGGUUUUGAGGGCCGAUUGAGAGAUGAUCGUGGUAAUCGUCGAGACCAUGAACGGUAUGACAGAAUGAAUGGAGAUAGAGCUAAUUCCCCAUCCCGUGAAAGGCAGUCUAAAGCACUUGAGAUGGGAAACCAUGAUGAAACAAUGCAAGACACUUUUGCAGGGCCUGGUGUUCCUCCUUUUAGCUCAGAUAUUCCUCCACCAGUAUUGAUGCCUGUACCUGGUGCUGGGCCAUUAGGACCUUUUGUUCCUGCUCCACCAGAAGUUGCAAUGCAGAUGUUUAGAGAUCAAGGAGGACCAUCUUCAUUUGAUGGCUCUGGAAUAAAUAUGCUGUCUGGCCCGCAUCAUAUGGGUGGACCGGCACCAAUAAUUACUCUUCCUCCAGGUUUUAGACCAGAUCCUCGGAAGAUGCGAAGUUAUCAAGAUUUGGAUGCUCCAGACGAAGAGGUCACCGUGAUAGACUAUCGGAGUUUGUAAGGUGUCUUUGGGUGACUGGUUUUGUAUAAAUUCUGAGAUUGACUGGCCAUGCGACCUGCAGAGUUGAAAGCCGACUGUGUUAUUGAUAUUUUUGCUGGGUUCAUGCUCAUUUUCUUCUGCGAAUUUUUCGGUGACAUUUUUACUUUUUACAGAAAUUCAUGUCCCUGGGAUAUUUCAUUAUUUAGAGAAAUGAUAAAAAGCAAUAACUAUAGUCCAAUUAUAAUUUAUUUAAAUCA